GCAGAGGCGCGCGCAGACAGAGCCGGGCACCCCUGUUUCGUCUACCUUCUCCAAGAAAAUUAUUUCCCCACUUGCACUCCAAGCAAAUCUUAUUAAUUGCUCGUUGAUUCCUCCGGCACCAGCAUAUAUAUACAGGCCUCGCCUCGCCUUCCUCCCUCACCAACGCAUAACCAACGAGCUACGUAGUAGAGAACCCAGCAAAGAUCGAUCAUUCUCUCUGAAUUCGUGAAGGUUGAAGCUAGCGACCGACGGCGAUGGCGACCGCCGGGAAGGUGAUCAAGUGCAAAGCGGCGGUGGCAUGGGAGGCCGGAAAGCCGCUGUCGAUCGAGGAGGUGGAGGUGGCACCGCCGCAGGCCAUGGAGGUGCGCGUCAAGAUCCUCUACACCGCUCUCUGCCACACCGACGUCUACUUCUGGGAAGCCAAGGGACAAACUCCGGUUUUCCCUAGGAUCUUAGGACAUGAAGCUGGAGGCAUUGUUGAGAGCGUCGGAGAGAGUGUGACCGAGCUGGUGCCGGGUGACCAUGUCCUCCCGGUCUUCACUGGAGAGUGCAAGGAUUGUGCUCACUGCAAGUCAGAGGAGAGCAACCUGUGUGACCUCCUCAGAAUCAACGUGGAUCGUGGCGUGAUGAUCGGCGACGGACAGUCCCGCUUCACCAUCAACGGGAAACCGAUCUUCCACUUCGUCGGGACCUCCACCUUCAGCGAGUACACCGUGAUCCAUGUUGGGUGCCUUGCCAAGAUCAACCCAGAUGCGCCCCUUGACAAAGUUUGUGUUCUCAGCUGUGGUAUUUCAACUGGACUUGGUGCGACGCUGAAUGUUGCGAAACCGAAGAAGGGUUCAACAGUCGCAAUUUUUGGUCUUGGAGCUGUUGGCCUUGCUGCCAUGGAAGGUGCCAAGAUGGCUGGGGCAUCAAGGAUCAUUGGUGUGGACUUGAACCCUGAAAAAUAUGAACAAGCUAAGAAAUUUGGAUGCACUGACUUUGUGAAUCCAAAGGACCACACCAAACCCGUCCAAGAGGUGCUUGUCGAGAUGACCAAUGGUGGGGUCGACAGAGCCGUCGAGUGUACUGGCAACGUCAAUGCCAUGAUCUCCGCCUUCGAAUGCGUUCACGAUGGGUGGGGCGUGGCCGUGCUGGUGGGCGUGCCACACAAGGAGGCGGUGUUCAAGACUCACCCAAUGAACUUCCUCAACGAGAGAACACUAAAGGGCACCUUCUUCGGUAACUAUAAGCCGCGCACUGACCUCCCUGAAGUCGUCGAGAUGUACAUGAGGAAGGAGCUGGACCUCGAAAAAUUCAUCACGCACAGCGUGCCAUUCUCGCAGAUCAACACAGCCUUCGACCUGAUGCUCAAGGGGGAGGGACUGCGCUGCGUCAUGAGGAUGGACGAGUAGAUCGAUAUUAUUCCUCAUGCAAGAGAAAAAAGUUCAAAAUAUUUUUCCUUUGACUAAUUAAUAAUCUACAAUCUUAGUACUAGCUAGUCGCAAGAUUUUUGUUGGUAUGCACAUUUGUGUAUCCUGCGUCCUCUUAGUUUGAUGGCAACAGAAGUUUGUAUACCUGUCCUUACCGGACGUACUGCUUCAAGAUAUCAUAAUGUUGUCUUUUUAUUUGAAACAUUAUUGUGGCA